GCCUCUCCCCCACCUCCCCAGGCCCCUCCCGGGAAGCGCUGGGGGAAUUGGACCCGCGGGGACUCGCGCCUUCCCGGACGAGCGAGGGACGGCAGACCUGAGGACCGGCUGUCGGCUGUCGAGCGGAUACACACACAUACGUGUGUGUUGGAUUUUAGUGGGCAGGGGGCGUCGAGAGGCAGCCCGCCGCACUCUUUUCCUCCCACCCCCUCCGGCCAGAGGGGAGAAUCGCAGGACUCGGGAGCUUCACCCGGUGGACUAGCUGAGAUCUCCGCAUUGGAUUAGGGGCUGAUUAGCUCUGCUUGGCUAUUAUUGUUAUUAUUAUUAUUAUUUUUACCCAAGGGAGAAACAGAAAAACUGUGGGAUUUAUUUAACAUGAUCUUGGCAAACGCCUUCUGCCUCCUCCUCUUUUUAGACGAGACCCUCCGCUCUUUGGCCAGCCCUUCCUCCCUGCAGGGCCCCGAGCUCCACGGCUGGCGCCCCCCAGUGGACUGUGUCCGGGCCAAUGAGCUGUGUGCGGCCGAAUCCAACUGCAGCUCCCGCUACCGCACGCUGCGGCAGUGCCUGGCGGGCCGGGACCGCAACACUAUGCUGGCCAACAAGGAGUGCCAGGCGGCCCUGGAGGUCCUGCAGGAGAGCCCGCUGUACGACUGCCGCUGCAAGCGGGGCAUGAAGAAGGAGCUGCAGUGCCUGCAGAUCUACUGGAGCAUCCACCUGGGGCUGACUGAGGGUGAGGAGUUUUACGAAGCCUCGCCCUACGAGCCGGUGACCUCCCGCCUGUCAGACAUCUUCAGGCUUGCCUCAAUCUUCUCAGGGACAGGGGCAGACCCGGCGGUCAGCGUCAAGAGCAACCACUGCCUGGACGCCGCCAAGGCCUGCAACCUGAACGACAACUGCAAGAAGCUGCGCUCCUCCUACAUCUCCAUCUGCAACCGCGAGGUCCCGCCCGCUGCGCGCUGCAACCGCCGCAGGUGCCACAAGGCGCUGCGCCAGUUCUUCGACCGCGUGCCCGGCGAGUACACCUAUCGCAUGCUCUUCUGCUCCUGCCAGGACCAGGCGUGCGCCGAGCGCCGCCGGCAGACCAUCCUGCCCAGCUGCUCCUACGAGGACAAGGAGAAGCCCAACUGCCUGGACCUCCGCGGCGUGUGCCGGGCCGACCACCUGUGCAGGUCCCGGCUGGCAGACUUCCAUGCCAAUUGUCGCACCUCCUACCAGACGCUCACCAGCUGCCCUGCCGACAAUUACCAGGCAUGUCUGGGCUCCUAUGCCGGCAUGAUAGGGUUUGAUAUGACACCCAACUAUGUGGACUCGAGCCCCACGAGCAUUGUGGUGUCCCCCUGGUGCAGCUGUCGUGGGAGUGGGAACAUGGAGGAGGAGUGUGAGAAGUUCCUCAGGGACUUCACUGAGAACCCGUGUCUCCGGAAUGCCAUCCAGGCCUUUGGCAACGGCACAGAUGUGAACUUGUCCCCUAAAAACCCCUCAUUCCAGGCCACGCAGGCCCCUUGGGUGGAGAAAACGCCUUCUUUGCCAGAUGACCUCAGUGAUAGCACCAGCCUGGGGACCAGCCUCAUCAGCACCUGCACAUCCAUCCAGGAGCAGGGGCUGAAGGCCAAUAACUCCAAAGAGUUAAGCAUGUGCUUCACAGAGCUCACGACCAAUAUCAUCCCAGGGAGGAACAAGGUCAUCAGACCUAACUCAGGCCCCUGCAGAGCCAGACCCUCAGCUGCCUUGACUGCUGUCUCCCUCCUGAUGCUGAAGCUGGCCUUGUCGGUGCUGGGAGCCGCGUCGGGAGAUUGCUGAAAGCUACACAAAUGAGAACCCCUGCCUGACAAAAUGGAAACACACACAGACACACACACACACCUUGCAAAAAAAUUUUUUUCCCACCUUGUCUCUGAACCGUCUCCUCCCAGGUAUCUUCUUUGGAGAAGUUUUUCUAAACCAACAGACAAGCAGGCAGGCAGCCUCAGAGCUGGCCCAAAGGUCCCCCAGCAAGGGGAGCCCAGUGCAGAGGAGGGCACAGGAGUCUAGAAAUGCCCUUACUUCGUCCUGGUGUUUUCCUCUCUGGACCCUGGUGACGUAAGAGACUGAGGCGCCCCGUGCAGCCCAAGGGACUGUGCCUGUGCUGAUGUGGGCUGGGGCAGGACGGCGACAGCUGCUCCUCUCAAACUGCCCACUCGGGGGACCCGCCAGGGGACUGGCAGAGGGUGUUGGGCAGCAGAGCAGUGAGGCUGGCCCCUGGGGGUCCAGCUGGGCACCUUCAUCACCUCCGCUUGGCUUCAAGGAUGGAGUUGAUUUUGUCCUCCCUGUCUGCGGACUGAGUGGGUCUGCGUCUGACCUGGGAACCCCCAGGGCUGCCUGUGG